UUGACGGUAAACAUACUUCAUACAGUUAACAGAGUUCGCUCGUUACAGCCGUUCUUCACGGGGUCGUUCGUGUGGUGCACUGCUAAAUGUGUGUGUGUGUGUGUGUGUGUGUGUCUGUCUGCUGACCGGAAUAAUCGUGUAGCGGCGAUGUGUGUAUCCCUCGGUGUGUGUGUGCUUCUCAGUCUCUGACUGAUGAAUGAAUGAACGCUGGAGUGUUUUCAUCUCCUGAAGAUCACACAGAGAUCAUGAAUGAAGCAGAAGCAGAGUCCUGCAGGAUCAAGCAGGAGGUCAUCGAAGAAAAGAUAGACCUGAUGGAAGAGAUCAAGGAGAUAAAUGAAGUGAUUGAAGAAGGGAAGAAACAUCAUGACAUCGAAACUGAUGAAACAUCCUUGAGUCCCUCGUGGGAAACAAGACCCGAAAUAUGUUUCAUUUGCCCUCAGUGUGGAGAGAUUUUCACAUCCAAAGAAAGUCUUAAUCUUCACAUAAAAUUUGAAAGUGGAAUGAAGCCACACGCAUGUGAUCUCUGCGAGAAAACUUUCAAUAAAAAAGCAAACCUUGCCAGUCACAAGAAAAUCCACACUGACGAGAAGCCACACUCAUGUGAUCAGUGCGGGAAUAAGUUCAGAAAUAAAGGAAACCUGAAUAUUCACAUGAAAAUCCACACCGGAGAGAUGCCGUACACGUGUGAUCAGUGCGGAAGGAAAUUCAGACAUAAAGGAAACCUCAAUACACACAUGAGAAUCCACACUGAAGAGAGUGAAACCACUGAAGAUAAACCGCACACAUGCAGUCAGUGUGGAAAGAGAUUCAGACAAAAACACCGCCUCAAUCAACACAUGAAAAUCCACACUGACGAGAAGCCACACUCAUGUCAUCACUGUGGGAAGAAGUUCAGAAAUACAGGAAACCUGAAUAUUCACAUGAAAAUCCACACCGGAGAGAUGCCGUACACGUGUGAUCAGUGCGGGAGGAAGUUCAGACAUAAAGGAAACCUCAAUGCACACAUGAGAAUCCACGCUGGAGAGAAUGACGAUAAACCGCACACGUGCAGUCAGUGUGGAAAGAGAUUCAGACAAAAACACCUCCUCGAUCAACACAUGAGAAUCCACACCGGAGAGAAACCGCACUCGUGUGAUCACUGCGGGAAGAAGUUCAGAAAUACAGGAAACCUGAAUGAUCACAUGAAAAUCCACACUGGAGAGAAGCCACACACGUGUUCACUGUGGGAAGAAGUUCAGAAAAACAGGAAACCUGAAUAUUCACAUGAAAAUCCACACCGGAGAGAUGCCGUACACGUGUGAUCAGUGCGGGAGGAAGUUCAGACAUAAAGGAAACCUCAAUACACACAUGAGAAUCCACGCUGGAGAGAGUGAAACCACUGAAGAAAAACCGCACACAUGCAGUCAGUGUGGAAAGAGAUUCAGACAAAAACACCGCCUCGA